AUGUUGCCCUGCUGCCUCUCUACUAAAACAAUAUCAAGAGAGAGAAAAGGAUGGAGAGAGAGAGAGAGACCUAGGGUUUACUACUAUGAUCAGAAGAAGUCACCGUUUUGCAACAAGAGAAGAACCAAUGAUAUUUCUUUGGAUCUACAGAUCGAGAUUCUUAACCGGUUGCCUGCAAAAUCCGUAGUUAGGUUUAUGGUCGUAUCAAAAUCAUGGCAACAAAUCAUCCGCAGCAAGAGUUUCAUCACAUCGUUUCCCUUUCGACCCUUAACUCGACCUUUGCGUUUUUUACUUGCUUUAUGCAAUAUAGAGGCCCAAUCUGAACGCCUAAGUUGCAGCUUCUUCUCUUCUUCUUGGCUGUCUUUGUCAUCAACAUCAAUAUCAACCACUUUUCUAUCCACAAUAACACUUCCCCGCAGUCUAACCUUGUGCCGUAGUUAUUACGUUAAUGGUUUGUUGAAGAUUGGAGAUAGCAUAUGUAACCCUUGCACCGGAAAGACCCUGGAUUUACCAAGGCUAGUAGAAACAACACCAAGCCGACCCAGGUGGUUUUUCGGAUAUGAUCCUGUCAAUAAUCAGUACAAAGUAUUGUGCAUCACACCAAAUCUUGCAGGACACGCAAAUCAGUUUCAGGUAUUCACAUUGGGAGCUAAACCUAAAACAUGGAGAUCUAUCGGUUGUGGCAUUCCUCACAGCACUUUUUCUGACGGUCUGUGUAUUGAUGGGUUUGUGUACUACAUUGCAAGCACGGGCACAGACAUGUGUGUGAUGAGAUUCGAUUUGAAGUCUGAGAAGUUUGAUAUCUUUGCUAGAGUAUCUGAGAAAUUGAAAUCUUUGUUUUUUCCUGGCAACGGUUCUAGAAAUUUGGUAAACUACCAUGGCAAAGUAGCCAUAGCCAUUCGAUCUUCUCGCUCAGUGCCUUCAAUUGAUUUGUUCGUUUUCGAAGCAGGAAAACAGGAUUACAAAGAGAAGUCUAUAGAUAAUCUCCCCCCGCUUCAUUUACGUAUGAAAGGUGUUAUUAAUCAUACGGGUGGCAUUAUUUUUGCACCUAGCUAUUUCGGUAGUGAGGUUACGCUUUUCCACCAUGAUCCCAAGGGAGCUCGUUUUAAGAAGAUGGCGUUUGAAGUUGACGCAAAGCAUGUUUGGCUUACUGUAUCAAAUUGUUACAUGGGUUACGUAGAGAGUCUCAUGCUGAUGUAAGCUAGGGAGAUUUAUUAUUUCCUUCGUUUG